AUGAUCCGACCCGAAGGCAUCGGCGCCACACCAGUUGGACGGCGCGUAUUCCACCUGGUGGCCGCUAGCUUCACCACGCUAUUGGCCCUCGCCAUUCCCGAGCAUGCCUACAUGACCAUCGUGGGCGGCGGCGCUUUGCUCUCGUUGGCCGUGGACGUGGGUCGCCAGCGCGUCGGGCCGAUCAAUCGCGCUUAUGUGGGGAUAUUCCGAUCCAUCCUGAAACCGUCGGAAUCCACGGAUAUAACCGGCGCUACCUACCUGUUGUUCGCGAUCUUCUUCGCGUUCUAUUUCUUUGGCCCGGAGAUUGCGAUACCGGUGUUGAUGUUCGUGGCAGUGGGCGAUCCGGUAGCCGCUUUGGUCGGUACGCGCUGCCCCGGUCCGCGCCUUUGGGGCAAAUCCCCCAUCGGCAGCCUCGCGUUUGUCGUCGCCUCAAUGGCUGUCUGGGCCAUCUUGGUAGCUGCGGGGUUCGGGUCGUGGUCAGUGGCAGUGGUUGUCACCGCCGUCCUGGCCGCUGCCGUCGAACUAGCGCCGUUCCCGUUGGAUGACAACCUGACGGUACCGUUGAUCGCGGGAGGCUUUAUGAUGCUGGCGCGAGUCGCGGGCUGGUAG